CCCUAGCCGCUCUCCGAUAUCAUCUCUCCCAAGACGUGUCUUGGGUCGAGCUAAGUUAAAAAGGAAGAAAUUCCUCCUUCUCAUCUCCUUCCUCCUCCUCUUCUCUCCUCCCCUCUUCGUCUGGAAUAUUCCCUUUGGCAGCUUCACCCUACAGGGCUACCAGUUCAGUCGCCGCUGGAAGAUUGCAGCCUGUAUAGUCUGACUGCCGUAGUGCAGUGCAUCGUCACACGCAGUAGCUUCAAGCGCUUCUGAUUAUAUAGGCCACGUAUACUUGUAGGCCUAGAGCAUCACCAAUCCUAAGGACGUAAUCCCCGCAUAGAACCUGGUAUAGAGGAACUACGAAUCUGCAAAGUCAGAAAGGUUCUUUUAGAAUUAGCUAUCUGGAAAUAGCAUCCUCAUCCUAUGUUACAGAGCUAACGAAGAGGCUUUAAUUUUCUCUCGGCUGACGCAACAUUCGUUAGAUGAAAGGGUGAUACUAGGAGUUGAGGACUAUCAUAGUUUAUUGAGAAACAACCAGCCAUCAAACGUCUUCGAAGAAACUAAAGGGGUUAGCACUUCUUGGAGGAUCCGUCAUCUUUCACAGUAAAUAAUAUCGAAAAGAGCCUCUUAUUCAUCUUAUUCUUCUUCCUCCUCCUCCGCCACCACCACCUUCUCCUCCUCCUUGCCUCCUGCUCAUCCUCACCACCCUAAUCACCCUCAUCAUCCUCAUCAUCUUCAUCAUCUUCAUCAUCACCUCGAUGUCUUGGAGGUGAGAUUCCUUGAUCAAGGAGUAGAUAUCGUCUGGAAUAUACUGCCUUCAGACGAAGCAGAUAGUCUGAUCACCAACGAAGAGUGGCGUGUUAUCAAUGAUGGAACUAAGGAAAGUGCUGUGCAGCUUGAGACGCGGGAUCGUCUUCAUAUCUAUUUGUACAUUAUUUAGGAUAAAUCACAUAAAAGCACAAUUAACAGAAACUGUAGAGUGCCCUGGAGACAUACGAUUAGAAGAAAAUGACUUACCUGGCUGGGAUAUUAUCCGUAUGUUUGAGUUGGACUCGGCUACUAUUCAAGGGGUGAGAGUGGUAACAGGAUCAGACGAUGUGCAGAGAGCGUAUAGACUCCUCAAGAACCAUGACAUUUCAGAACCCGCCAGUAAUCAGUUUCCCCAAGGUCUCCCAGACGAGUUUUCUUUCGUAUCGACCUUCAAGCUGACGGAUCGUACAGGAGAUGAUGAAGACUGGUGGUUAUGGUUGAUCCGUGACAGAGCAGGCACUCCUCAAAUUGGCAUCAGAUUGAUGGGAGAGGAGAAAGCACUUCAGUUCAUCUAUGUAAAUGAGCUUGGUCAGCUGGAGAAUGUUCGUUUCGACAACGCGAUGAUGCUGUUUGAUAGGAACUGGCAUAAACUGCACAUGGCUGUGAGUAAGAACCGUUUGGAUCUCUUCGUAGACUGUCUCUCCAUUGGAUCAGUGGCCUUAAGGACCAGAGGUCAGGUCGAUACCCUCGGAGAGACUCUUAUUGGAAGGAAGUUCAGCGCUGGAGGAGGACCUGUCCAGUUCAUCCUUCAGUGGAUGAUCAUCCAUUGUGACCGAACCUUCCCAACCCGUGAUCAUUGCUCUGAAAUAUCGAUAUCUGAAGCGACAGAAGAGCCCAAAACCUGCUCGACGAUCUGCCCAGAAGGCCCUGCAGGCAGACAGGGUGAUCCGGGUUUACCAGGACCUGCAGGUCAGAUGGGGCGACCAGGAAUACCGGGACGGAUAGGAUCGACCGGUACGAAGGGUGAGAAAGGAAGCGAAGGAUACAGGGGACAACCAGGCCCUAUAGGUCCAGUGGGAAACCCCGGCCCAAGGGGAUCUCCCGGACCAGGUGGACUCAAUGGUGACCCAGGAAGAGCAGGACUUAAAGGAGAAAUGGGUUCCAAUGGCCUACCCGGUCUUCCAGGAGUGCCUGGUGAUCAGGGACCACGUGGUUAUACUGGCCAACAGGGGGAUCAAGGACGACCUGGGGACACGCCCACACGAGAGCAACUGAUCGACAUCGUCGUCAGCAUUCCGGGACUGCAAGGCGACCCCGGUCAGCGUGGGUUACCAGGCAUUGACGGUGUCAAGGGAGAGAAAGGCACGCGAGGAGAAUACGGCUACAGAGGAGUUGAGGGACCAAAGGGUAUUCGAGGCGAGACGGGACUAAGGGGUAACCUAGGCGAGCCCGGUCCACCCGGUCCACCUGGAACACUGGGCGAUAUCAGCAUAAUGGAAAUCGUCGGCGGCGGAGAGACUCAGCUUAUUCCAGGACCAGCUGGAUCCCCUGGCAUACCCGGUAUACCUGGAGACCCAGGAAUACAGGGAUUUCAAGGUGACCAAGGCGAGAGAGGAAUAAAAGGACUUUCUGGCAUUAAGGGUGAGAAAGGGUCAGGAGGAUUGCGUGGCCCAAGAGGAGACACAGGAUCUGCAGGUGAGGCUGGACCCAUGGGACCACCUGGACCACGAGGGGAUAAAGGCAGUGCGGGACCCCAAGGUCCUCAGGGAUUGUUUGGACCAGAGGGUGAACGAGGACCAGCUGGAUUAGCAGGACCAAGAGGUGGUUCUGGACCACAAGGAGAAUCAGGACCAAGGGGUUAUAAAGGCGCCACAGGAAGCCUCGGUUUCCCUGGGUUUAAGGGAGACAAGGGAAGUUUCGGUGAUCUGGGCUUACCAGGUCUAAGUGGACCUAAGGGAGAAAAAGGCGGCAAAGGUUCAAAUGGUCUACGUGGAAUAGCUGGAGUUCCAGGAACAAAUGGUAACCCUGGACCGAUCGGAGACCAAGGAGAGCAGGGUGUCCAAGGUAAUAAAGGCCAGCCUGGAUUAAGAGGAGUCCGAGGAGAAAAGGGAGAUGAGGGUUUGCCAGGUCCCAUGGGUUUGACAGGGCUGCGAGGUACUAAAGGAGACAUAGGCAAUACUGGCUACACAGGAUUACCAGGAAAGGACGGUGAUUCAGGCCCAAGGGGUCCCCAAGGACGGCAGGGAAUCAAAGGUGCUCUCGGAGAGGACGGCGGUCGAGGUCCAGUUGGACUCAUAGGCAUCCCGGGCCGAAGAGGGUCUAAAGGAGAAAUUGGUGCGAAUGGCAAGACCGGUCCUGGGGGUAGGAACGGAAAAGAUGGUCAAACUGGUCCCAUGGGACCUCGUGGACCGAAAGGAGAGCGAGGUGACAACGGUGAUCCGGGCAGCACGGGCCCUCAAGGUCCCCGGGGUACACAGGGGUAUGGUGGAGGAAGGGGAGAGAAAGGAAACAAAGGAGACAGGGGUAUCGGAGGAACGAACGGACAGAAUGGAAUCCCUGGUUUGACUCCAUCGAAAGACGAAAUCUUGCGACUUAUAGAAAGAUACUUCCAAAAUAAUAUCGAAAGCUUUGAGCAGAGGUUCCGGGGUCCGCCCGGACCACCAGGAGAGAGCAUCCAAGGUGAACCUGGUCCGGCCGGUAUCUUAGGGCUGAGUGGACCAACGGGACCGAUGGGAUUGUCCGGUAACCCAGGUUCCAUGGGAAGGCCAGGAAUGCUGGGAGGAGUAGGAACACCAGGAGAAAGAGGUCCACGUGGUUCUAGGGGCCAGAAAGGAGACAGAGGACAAGGAUAUACCGGUCCUACCGGAGCACCGGGAGAAAGAGGUUUACCAGGUAAGCCAGGUAUUGGGCGUCCCGGCAAAGAUGGUCAGCCCGGCUUUCCUGGUCCGGCCGGUCUACCUGGAGAAAGGGGAGAGUCCGGUCAAGUUGGUGAUCCUGGUUUCUGCGAAUACUGCAACUACGCCCCGGGGACCUAUCCGUUCCAGAUACCACCAGCAAUAGACCUUAAUAACAAGGGUUAGCUUCGGAAUCAUGGGAUAGAAGCAAAGCAAUUGUCGUCUGCGAAAAACGGCAAAAUGGCAUUACACUUCACCAAAAGUGCUGACCCAACCAUUAGCACUUAAUAAGUUAUGGCUGCUAUUUUCCACAGCAUGUUUUAUUAUUUGCUUAAUGCUAUAAAAAAAAAUGAAAUUGCUUGGAUGCGACAUUAAAAGUCUGUAAUCUGAGAGAGACAGAUAAACCCUGAAAAAAUGUCCCAAACUGAACUGUUGAAUAAACCUAAUUUUAAGUUCGUUACCUUUUAUCUAGAAUUGUUUCCUUUAUUAUCUGCCUUUACUGACGAUGUAUAAAAGGUAAUGCGUAAACGAGUUAAAAUGAUCGUAGGACCAAUGGAUGCUAAGGGGCCGACCGAAAAGUGUUUAACGUUUUCUAUUUCUACAUUUCGCGUGUCUAUCUUGCUUCCGGCGUAAAAUAUGUGUAAAUAUUAUUUCCGAAUUUUGUGUGUGUAUGCGUAUAAGAAGUGUAAAUCAUAGCCGGAUAAAGUGAUAUCGUUUUAUCUGAUUUAUUACGAUUUUUGUUUUUACUUUGUCCAGUUAAUUUAAUUUUUGUUUCCAAGUUUUUGCAAGGUGAUUAUCUUUCAUCACCAUAUUUCUUACUUAGACCAACAUUUGAUCAAAUCACCCGGAAGAAAAUAAUAAAUGUACUUCCGUCGCUUGAUCUAUGGCUGUUCCUAUUUUCAUAGAUCAACAUCGAGGCGUAUUAAAACCGGCAUCAUAUAUUCAAAGUCACUUAGGUUAACAAGGCGAUGUAACUGUAGAGGUCGACUUUGCUUACUCUAGAUUUUAGACACUUUUAACGAUAGCUGUCUAGCUGAUUUUCUGUUUAUUUAUCAUAUUCAUAAUGUCAUGAAUGUUGUUAAAAUGUUAUUGCGUUAUUCAUUACACUUAUGCCGUACUAUGUAUCUAGAUAAUGGCAGAUCACUUGAUAUUUUAGCAUCGAUUUGUGAAUAUAUUGCUAUAGUUAUCUUACAUUCUAACACAUAACGAUUUAUCAUUUUAUUCUCCCCUUUUUUCCCUUACAUUAAUUCAUUUGUAAAUAAAAAUCAUUGCAUUAUACUGCCGUUAGCACUAGAAUAGAUAUUUACUGUAUUAUUAUAAUCUUGUUUUAUAAUUGUAAUAGAAAGGUGAGUGAUGUAACCCUAAUUUUGAUGUGAACCUUCGCGUUUAAUACCAAUGGAUAUUAACAUACGUUGUCCAAAAAAAGGCGCCGAGGGCGAAUAUAAAGAGCUCUUGAAGUCAUGAUAUCAACAUUGUUCAAGCGAUUCGCACAAUAUUGACUGCUUAUCUUGUAAUACCGUGGUGCUGCAUAUACAUAAUCAUUUCGUAGUAGUUAUUCAUGUUCGUGAAAUUUAGCAAACUCUCAUUUCUUUUGUAGAACCGGAAUAUUACUUGUAUGAUAAUGGCCUGGACAUUCACAUCGUUUGUUGUGCAUAUUGUGCCUUAUUCACGAUUGGUGCUAUAUUUUGUAGAUUUCAACGUUUAUCAUGUCUUUAAACCAGGUAGACAAUAGGGACUUUUAGAAUUGCCGAACGACAACGUGGAUUGCUACGAUCGACUUCCUUUUAAUGCACUGCCUUGAAUGGAAGUCACACGUAUCAGUCCACGCAAAUCUAAAAGUCCCUAAUGAAUCUGUCAAGAGAAAUUUACCCAUACAGUAUGUUGAAUUUAAAGAUUCAUUUUGUUAUUAGAAAGAGCAAUGAAACAAGGAUUUUGGCAUGUACCUUUUCCAUAAGCUUAACAGACUAUGGCAUUUGUGGACUGGGAUUAACUAUCGCAUGUGUGGAUUGUAGCACUCUGAAUGAUAUCAAAUAUUCAUGAUGUUUAUAGGCAGUUGCAGUUUUUUCAAUAAAACUUUGGAAACAUAA